GAUCGGCAGCGAUCGCGAUCGCGCUCGCCGGGGCCGACGCGGAUCCAUAGCGGUAUGCCGCGGUGGGAAUUCCACUCCCAGCGCCAAUGCACAAGCUGGUGAUCCAGGCGCUGGAUUCCGGGCGCCGGGGCGUCGAAUCGCUGGCGCGCAGCCUCUCCUGGCCUGGAAAUCUCGAUGAGGAGGAGGAAGAAUCACCGCACAAGAAGCGCUUUCUUGGAAUGUGGAUCAAGAACAGCAUCGUCAAGCGUAGUAGUAGCAGUUUAGAGAAUUCUCCUUCUUUUCCCGACGAUCGACCGCCCUGGGUGAGGCGACCGUCAUCAGCAUCCCUGGCACUGGCGGAUGAGGUUGCCGAGAAGUCCCUGGUUGGAUCUUCGGGAUUUAUGAGACCUCUGGAUCCAAUGUGGGUGCUGAGCUCUGGAUUUGGGCCGAGAUGGGGGAGGCACCACAAUGGCGUCGAUCUCGCGGCUCCAAUUGGAGAGCCAGUGCUCGCUGCCGAUUCCGGGGAAGUAACUUAUGCUGGAUGGGAGCCUGGUGGCUAGAGAUUACGCACAGAGAUGGAUGGAAAACUUUGUACGCGCAUAAUAGCGAGAUAUUUACAUGGGAGGGACGGCAAGUGAUGAGAGGAGAAUGCAUCGCGUCGGUUGGAGAGACCACUUGCACUGGGAGAUCCGGGACAAGUUUGGCCAUCC